AUGCCCACUUGCAGACGCAAACGCGUCGUCCUCACCGAGCCCUCCCCAGCCCUCCUCGAAGCCCUCCGCACUGAUCCCAACAGGGAGGUCUAUUAUCUCUCACAAACAGGCGAGAUCUUCGAAACAUACGAUGAAUACACUGCCCGCAUGUCCUUCUACCGCCGCAAACAGUUUCAAUGCGAGGUCACUGGAAAGAGUGGCUUGGACUACUUCCAGGCGCUCGACAGUGAACAACAAGAGGCCCGCACCAUGCACUCCAGAUUUCCCGACCCGCUCAAGGCUGCCGUGCUCAAAGCAGUCCAAUGGCAGGUCAUGGGCCGCCUUGACCACCUCGUGGAAGCUGUUUAUGAACGGUUCAAGGACAGAUACUUCCCAGACGAACGCGUGUCUGUCGACAUUGAAGGAGACAAGUACGCCGCCCGCGUCGUUCAGGUCUUCCCUCCGAGAACCACUUCCGCUCCUUCUACCUCCGCAACAAGUCCCGUUCCCUUGGCGUCCACCUCUUCUUCUCCCUUGUCUGAUGAGGAGCAGCAGCCUAUUCACAAGAUUGCUGAGGACCUUAAGACUCCCGUCAAGGACGCCGCUCUAAAGGACGACCCCUCUCAGUACAUAUACAAGGUCCAAAUAUUUGAAGAAGAGAGACAUCCUGGUGCGAACAAGAGUCAUGAGAAGAGCAAGGGCAAAGAGACAACGAAGUCUCAAUGGACAGGAAGUCUCAUGGAUGUUCGAUGUCCUGUCAUGAGUCGCGACCGUCUUGCUUUCUCCAAGUCUAUCCUCCGCCGAUUCAUCCGUGAUUGCGUCGACAGAGAUGCGGCUGUUGCAUCCCCGUGGACCGUUAAACCGGCUAUCGCGGAGCGAUUUGGUGUGAACACUGUGAUGCCUGAAGAAACGCGGAAGGGUGUGGAGACCAUCAAGAAAGGCGAGAUCGACAAGCGGAAGAAGGUUUGGGAAGACAAGGAAGGUCCUGCCACAAAAAAACAGAAGAAAAUGUCGGCUGCUGCAGAGGAGAAGGCCAAUGCCGCUGCAGAGAAACGCGAGCGCGAAGCCCGAGAGAAGGCCGAGAAAAUGAAGGUGAAGGAGAGCGAGCGGCUUGCUGCAGAGAAAAAGAAGAAGAAGCCCAUACGCUACCCUACUGAAGACUUAGACGUGGUUAUAGGCGAUAAAGAGAAGAAGGCGGGCAUGAAGCUGAGAAGGCCUGUGCCGAGUCGUGUGGCAAUGCCAUUUGGUGAUGACAACUCCACCAACGAAGGAUUCAUAAUGUCCUGGAACUUCCUCGUUGUCUACGGACAACCGUUACAUAUGUCUCCAUUUACUAUGGAUGAUUUUGAACAAGCUAUCCGGCAUUCUAUGAACGACCCACAGUGCUCCUUACUUGCUGAGGUUCAUGCAGCCCUGAUUUACAACCUUCGCACCGUACCUUUCAAUCGCCACAGUGCGCUCCUCUCACUACUCCGUGUCAAGGAGGAGAUGGAGGGCGAGGACGAUGUAGUUCUUGGAGUGUCAACCGACGAACUCACAGCCGCCAUGGCGGAUGUGGGUAGCAACUGGGAGCGAGCUCCUCUAAGACAUUCUGAGGGUAGGUUAGGGUGGGAGGAGUCUUUGGUCGGUUGUCUGAAGGACCAUGCGAAUGUCGGAAACUUCCCCCGCAUACGCGAGAUUCUGACCCGACUGCUCUUCGCCCCCGAGUCAACUGCAGAGCCAUCAGUGUCAUCCAAUGCUUCUCCAUCUGGUACCCCUGCACCCACGUCCCUUUCUGUCCCUACUUCUCCCAGUACAAGAUAUUAUUCGUUACCACCCGAAGAUCGGAUUGCAAUUCUGUCAUUUAUGUGCAACCUAGCGAUUUCCAGCAAGGCCAUCCACGCACACAUGGAGUGGUGCGAGGAGCAAUUGACCGCGUUGCGGAAGGAGAAAAUCGAGGUGAACAGGUCGAAGAAACAAUGCGCUGAAGAAAUGAACGCCCUGGACGAGAGUGCCAAAGAGCUGAAACCACUGAAUGGCGUUGACGAAGACGUGGUGAUGCAAGACUCUAGCGAUCUCUCCGAAGCCCCUGGCUCAGAGGGAGAAGCAGAGGGCGGCAUUGUCGCCCGCCACAAGCGGCGUACCCAGGCAAAAGAUCGAGAGCUCGCGCGAGCGAAGUCCGCAUCGGCCAAGCAGGCUUUGGCUGAGCACCGUCGGCUGGACGAGGAGCUCAACAAGCUUGAACGCCGACUGGAGGGCAUCGAGCGAGAAUUCAGGAAGCUGCUCGGGGCUGUGCGGGUCAAGCCUCUGGGCAAAGACAGGUUCUACAAUCGCAUCUGGUGGUUCGACGGAAUGGGUGCGGCCUCGCUGGUUGGCAGUGGGGGUGCUGUACAGUAUGGCACGGGCCGGAUUUUCGUGCAAGGGCCCAGCGAAUUUGAUAUAGAAGUGUUAGAGCGCAGGGAGGAAAAUAUUACUGCUCGUAGAAAGGAGGAGGAGGGAGAGGAGGGCAUGCUUGGAGUCGGCGAAUGGGCGGUGUACAACGAUUUAGACGAGGUUGACGAGUUCAUUGCUUGGUUGAACCCGAAGGGCGUACGAGAGCUCGCGCUGAAGAAUGCCUUCGCAAAGUGGGGGCAACACCUCGGACCAGGUGUGAAGCGGCGUUCAGCGGACUUGACAAUGAAUGCCAGAUUGCCAGAAGCGCGCCGCAGCGCCCGGACAAGACAUGGAGGGCCAGACAUUGCUAGAGAGCCCUACAUGUUGUGGACCAACCGCAAGGCUGUCAACGGGUCGUGA